AUCUGCCUGUAAUCAGUACAGUACAGCACAGCAACAGGACAGCCCCUGUGCAGGCUCUCCACCUGCCUGCCCCUUCUGUCUCAGCACACUUCUGAAACAUUCUCAUUGGAAGUAUUUAUCAGAGAUGCAUUACUUUCAGCUCACUGCACAGCCUAAAUAGUGUCUCGGGGCUUCAGAAAGUCACUUGCGUAAGAGAGGGAGAGAGUGAGUGAGAGAGAGAGAGAGAGAGAGCGAGAGAGAGAGAGAGAGAGAGAGAGUUAGUUACUGGGGUCUACUGGAAAAUGCAGAAGUCUCUCAGAAGCGACAAACUUUGUGUUUAUCAGUUCAGCCUCCUGAAUAGCAACCUCAACCAACCUAUUCUGAGACCUCCUCUGCAUGAGUGACCUCUGCGGACACAGCAGCACAAGCAGCCUCUUAGGACAAUUAAAAAGAUAAAGAAAUGAUCCCGAACCUGGAUUUGUGUUUCUGGAUUUGGGGGGUCCUGCUUGUGCAAAGGUCCCUGGCCAGACCCCCUGAUGAGCAAGACUAUUAUCACCAGGAGAUUGCGACAAGGGAUCAUUUCUACUCCUAUUCGGACCACGAGGAUCUACAGACACCCCUGGGAGAGGUGGAGGUACCCCCAGAGGAAGCCAUGGUGGAUAUUAUACAUGAGAGUCAGGACACUAGAGAAGAAAUCUAUCCAGUGCCCAAGAAAGAGAUAAUUAAAUCUAAGAAAACCAGCAAGAAGGAAGAAAAGUCCCAUUUGCAGAAACAAGCCAAAAACAGUAGCAAGAAGACAGAAAAAAGCAAGAAAAUCUCUGAGAAGUUUGUGUUUGGAGUAAUGGAGGAGAAGAGGACAGAAAAUGUCAGAGAAAGCUGUCCUCCACUUGGUUUGGAAACCUUAAAAGUAACAGACUUCCAGCUCCAUGCUUCUACGGUGAAACGGUAUGGCCUAGGAGCCCACAGAGGGCGUCUCAAUAUCCAGGCGGGGGUAAAUGAGAAUGACCUUUACGAUGGGGCUUGGUGUGCCGGGAGAAAUGAUCUACAACAAUGGUUGGAGAUCGAUGCCAGAAGACUGACUAAGUUCACAGGCGUCAUCACACAGGGCAGGAACUCUCUCUGGCUGAGUGACUGGGUGACCUCCUACCGGGUGAUGGUUAGUAAUGACAGCCACAGCUGGGUCUCUGCAAGGAAUGAGACUGGAGAUUUGAUGUUUUAUGGAAAUAGUGAGAAGGAGAUUCCAGUCUUGAAUGAAUUUCUAGAGCCACUGGUGGGACGCUAUAUUCGGCUCAAUCCUCGGUCUUGGUAUGAAGAGGGGAGCAUAUGUAUGAGGGUUGAAAUACUCGGAUGUCCUUUACCAGACCCCAAUAAUUAUUAUUACAGACGCAACGAGAUGACAACUUCAGACAACCUGGACUUUCGACAUCACAAUUACAAGGAAAUGAGACAGUUAAUGAAGGUGGUGAACGAAAUGUGUCCUAACAUUACUCGAGUGUAUAACAUUGGUCGCAGCCAUGAGGGGCUGAAGAUGUAUGCGAUGGAGAUGUCUGAUAACCCCGGGGAGCACGAAGUUGGAGAACCGGAGUUCCGGUACAUGGCUGGAGCACAUGGAAAUGAAGUCUUGGGCCGGGAGCUUCUUCUCCUAUUAAUGCAGUUCCUGUGUCAGGAGUACCAGGCCGGCAAUAAACGUAUUAAACAUCUGAUCACCAACACACGUCUUCAUUUCCUGCCAUCUGUCAACCCAGACGGGUAUGAAAAAGCUGCUGAGCUGGGCUCAGAAUUAGGGGGCUGGUCACUAGGCCGCUGGACUGCUGAUGGAAUUGACAUCAAUAAUAACUUUCCAGACUUGAACACGCUGCUGUGGGAGUCGGACGAUCGUCCCCGGAAUCUCCGCAGGGUCCCUAACAACCACAUCCCCAUCCCUGACUGGUACCAGUACCAGAAUGCCACAGUCGCUAUAGAAACUCGUGCUCUCAUUUCGUGGAUGGAAAAGAUUCCUUUUGUCCUGGGUGGAAAUCUGCAAGGGGGAGAGCUGGUGGUGUCUUAUCCCUAUGAUAUGGUGCGUUCACUGUGGAAGACCCAGGAAUAUACAGCAACGCCCGAUGACCAUGUAUUUCGCUGGCUAGCAUAUUCGUAUGCCUCCACCCAUCGACACAUGACUGAUUCCAGCCGGAGAUCCUGCCACUCUGAGGACUUUAAUAAGGAGGAGGGCACUGUGAAUGGGGCCUCUUGGCAUACAGUGGCUGGCAGCAUUAAUGAUUUUAGCUACUUGCACACCAAUUGCUUUGAGAUCUCCAUAUAUCUGGACUGUGACAAGUUUCCUCAUGGGAAGGAACUGGCGGAACAGUGGGAGAAUAAUAGAGAAUCCUUAAUUGUCUUUAUGGAGCAGGUUCACCGUGGAAUUAAGGGUAUGGUGAGAGAUAUAUAUGGACGAGGGAUUGGAAAUGCCAUUAUAUCUGUGGAAGGAAUCAGUCAUGACAUACGUACAGCGAGUGAUGGCGACUACUGGCGGAUGCUGAACCCAGGAGAGUAUGCAGUCACAGCCCGGGCUGAAGGGUUCACCCUCUCCACCAAGAACUGCGCUGUAGGAUAUGAAAUGAGACCCACGCGCUGCGACUUCGUCCUCGCCAAGUCCAACCUGGCACGGAUCAAGGAGAUCAUGGAGAGGUUUGGAAAGCAGCCGGCGAGCAUGUCCCUUCGGCGUAGGAGAGUCCGAGUCAUACCGGGUCGUCAUACCUAGAAUGUGUCCAGGCUUUGGGUGCUUCAGCAACAUCAAGAUGGGAAGAAGAUACGUCGGCCACUUGAAAUUGAAUGGUUGAAUGGAUGUAAGAGUUUGGAGAUUUGACCCAAAGUUGAGUUGCGCAAAGACAGGAGCUUCUUAAAACCGUUUGCAUUUCGGCUGUUUGCACUUGUGACAUUUGGCUAGCUUAAACACUAUUUCUUCUACCCAUGGGACUACUAGGCUAGUUACUCAAACCUGGAGCUGCUCAUUCCAUAAACUGCCACUUCCACUCUUUGGGAAAAGUAACCAUCAGAUGCAUUGGACCCUGUACUUAGAACUUCAGUACAAGUUUGUUGUAUGAACUUCGUUUCUUUGACACCAUAGUGUUCCUUGGUCAGACUGCUUGUAUUCUUACAUAAAGUCCUCAUGUCAUGACACUGCCCCUAUCAAAUGCAGCCCAUCCCGUACUAGCACAAGUCACCUCCCACGAGGUCUUACCUCCUGAAAUAAUCUGUGCUGCUGAGCGCACUCUGAUGAUCUGACUAGCUAGAGGCAGAUCAGUCCACACCAACCACAAGAAUAGAAACCUCUGGAUGAGCAUUCAGUGAUUUGUAAGAGACUACACAUUAUUAUUCUGGGCCAUAUCCGAGGAAUUCGCAAAGGGCAAAUGUAAAAUCCCAUACUCUAACAGAAAACAGAUCCUUCUUUUAUAGCAGGGAGAAUACUGAACACUGAAUGGAAAAUAAGACCACAAGACACCUCUCAGCAUUAAUAUUAAACACUUAUAAUCCUGGGGUUGCCAUAUCAGGACUUUAGUAUGUUUUUGUUGGCAUUUAAUUGUUCCUGCCACGUGCUUAUUCUUCCUUUACGUGACAUUUAAUAUGUUUAGUCUUCAUGCUAUAGAAUGGUACCAUAAACCUUUGCUGCUGGAGAUCUUCCUUACGUUUCACUAAUGAAAUUCUAAGUUGUUUAUUUCGCUCUAUACCAAGAUAUGUCUUAUAUUCAGUAUCUUAGA